AUGGCUAGUCAGAAUACCACCGAUAUUCCCCCUGCGGCUGACGCUGCCCCUAGCACCCUGCCCGAUCGUACACAAAACCCCGCCGAGGGACAGGCGGGCGAGUCCAAAAACGCCGCGAAGAAGGCCGAGAAGGCUGCCAAAAUGGCUGCGGCCAAGGCUGAAAAGGCUGCUAAGCACGCCGCUGGAGUGAAGACUGAAAAGAAGGAGACUAAAAAGGCUCCCAAGAAGAAGGUCGACGGUGCUGCUCUUAUUGGUAUUGACGCGGCAAAAGAGGAGAACUUCCCCGACUGGUACCAACAAGUCCUCACAAAGGGUGACAUGUUGGACUACUAUGAUGUAUCGGGCUGUUUCAUUCUGAAGCCCGCUUCAUACUUCAUCUGGGAGGAAAUUCAGGACUACUUCAACAAGAAGAUCAAGAAGAUGGGUGUCAAGAACUGCUCGUUCCCAUUGUUUGUGACCGAGGAUGUUCUGCAGCGUGAGAAGGACCACAUCGAGGGCUUCGCUGCCGAGGUCGCUUGGGUGACUCACGCUGGCUCAACUCCUUUGGAGAAAAAGAUCGCCAUUCGUCCCACCUCUGAGACCGUGAUGUACCCAUACUACUCCAAGUGGAUUCGCAGCCAUCGUGAUCUGCCUCUGCGCCUGAACCAGUGGAACUCCGUCGUCCGAUGGGAGUUCAAGAACCCUCAGCCUUUCCUCCGUACACGUGAAUUCCUCUGGCAAGAGGGCCACACGGCGCACUUGACUGAGGACGCCGCCCGGAAGGAAGUCUUGCAGAUCCUUGACUGGUAUGCCGAUAUCUACUCUGAGCUCCUGGCUGUUCCUGUCGUCAAGGGCCAGAAAACCGAGAAGGAGAAAUUCGCCGGAGGUCUUUACACCACUACUGUCGAGGGUUACAUUCCUGCCACUGGACGUGGUAUUCAAGGUGGUACCUCCCACGGCCUCGGCCAGAACUUCAGUAAGAUGUUCAACAUCACCGUUGAGGAUCCUUCUGCCAAGGCUGGUGAGCAGAAGGAGCCCUUGCACGUCUGGCAGAACUCCUGGGGUCUGUCAACCCGUACCCUCGGUGUCAUGGUCAUGAUCCACAGUGACAACAAGGGUUUGAUUCUUCCACCCCGAGUCGCUGAGACUCAAGUUGUCAUUGUUCCUGUCGGCAUCACUGCAAAGAGCACCGAUGAUGAUCGUGAAAAGCUCAAUGCCGAGAUUGACGGACUGGUCGCCGUUCUAGAAGCCGCUGGCAUUCGUGUUCAGAGCGACAAGCGCGAAGGCUACUCUCCCGGCUGGAAGUUCAACCAGUGGGAACUCCGUGGAGUUCCCCUUCGCCUUGAGUUCGGCCCUGGCGAGUCCGCUGGCCACUUUGUCACUGCUGCUCGUCGUGACAUUCCUGGCAAGGAUGGCAAGUCCACCCUUCCUUUGGCUGAUCUCACCAGCGGUGUUACUGCGCUCCUGGAAACCAUCCACACUGAUAUGUUCAACCGUGCCGACGCUGAGUUCAAGGCUCACCGUCCCCAGAUUACCAACUGGGAUGAAUUCACUCCUGCGCUAAACGCGAAGAACCUUUGCCUUGUUCCUUUCUGUCUCCAAAUGGACUGCGAAGACUCCAUCAAGAACCAGAGUGCCCGUAAGGCCGAGGAGGAAUCCGGCGAGGUCACUGAUGCCAAGGCUCCUUCCAUGGGUGCCAAGAGUCUCUGCAUUCCCUUCGAGCAGCCUGAAGGUAUCGAGGCCGGUGUCACCAAGUGCAUCAACCCCAGCUGCUCGAACUUUGCCGAGAAGUGGUGCUUGUUCGGCCGCUCUUACUAA